UGGAGUCUAGCUCAAGUCUCUCCUGCUGCAGCUUCAGUGCAGACUGAGGAGGUCUGAAAGGAGGGGGCGGGCAGGAAGAGGCUGGAGUCAGUGACACCCCCUCCUUCCUACGCUGCGAGCGCCUAGACGACGGCGAGAUGACGGCUGGGAGCCCUGGAGACUGCGGGGAGGUGCGCAGGAGCCCCGAGGGCCGCGUCUCUCGCCUGGGCCGCCGCCUGGGCCGCCGCCGGCGCCCGCGCUCCCCGCCCGAACCCCUGCGGGUGCGGGCACGGCUGCGGCUGCGCUCGCCGUCGGGGGCGUUCGCGGCGCUGGGGGCGCUCGUGGUACUGGUGGGCAUGGGCAUCGCUGUGGCCGGCUACUGGCCGCACCGCGCCGGCGCCCCAGGGCCGCGCGCUGCCAAUGCCAGCGCACCCCCCCUGAGCGAGCUGCGACGCGAGGGUCGCGGCGCCGGCCGGGCCCACGGCCCGCACGAGCGGCUGCGGCUCCUCGGGCCGGUGGUCAUGGGCGUCGGCCUGUUCGUGUUCAUCUGCGCCAACACGCUACUCUACGAGAACCGCGACUUGGAGACGCGACGGCUUCGCCAGGGGGUGCUGCGGGCUCAGGCGCUCCGCCCUCCUGACGGCGCCGGCUGGGACUGCGCCCUCCUCCCCAGCCCCGGACCCAGGACUCCCAGAGCCAUAGGCCGCGCAGAGCCAGAAAGUUGGGACCUGUCCCCGCGUCGGGGUACCUCACCCGUCCCGUCAGUGCGGAGUCUGCGUUCAGAGCCUGCUAAUCCUCGCUUGGGGUUACCUGCCCUGCUCAACAGUUACCCUCUGAAGGGCCCAGGGCUGCCCCCACCCUGGGGUCCACGGACCCAGACUGGCCAUGUGAUUAUCACCGUGCAGCCCUCUGGUUCCUGCAUCGAACAUUCCAAGUCUCUGGAUCUGGGCCUUGGGGAGCUCCUACUUGGGGCCCCGGCAGCUCGAGACUGUGCUCACCGGAGCUGGCCACGGCUGGACCGCCUCAGUCUGGGGGGUUAUGCCAAGUUGGGAGGAGGAGGGGACUUGGGAGCCCGGGUUUGAGGAGCAGGGGACAGCCUUCUAGGUGGCUGCAGCAUGGACAUUGGUAACAGGACCAGAAGUCCCAAUAUCUAGUAGAAGCAUCAGUCACAUCCCAGACUGGAGGUGGAUGCUCUGGCCCCAUCAGCUGCUAAGGCAUCCUGACUUGCAUGUCGGCAGACAAAUGCCAACUGCACAGGGUUCAAUAAGCUGGAGACAAUGCGCUUUAAUGUGGAGUCUGGAGACCAGCAUGACUCGGCCUUGGGAUCUCUUUUAAGCCUCCAAAAGUGGCCUUACUUAGCCUCGGACAGGUACCUGAGGGGGCUGGAGGUCCAGGUCAGGGUGACUGGGAGAAACCUGGUGUCUUGGCAAACCCCAAGUGGUGAGCAAGGACCCCUAAGACUCAGAAGGUAGGUUGGGAUGUUACAGGCUGGGAUGGGCUCCCUCCAAGGUGGUGCCAGUUGCGGGGUCGGCGAAGACGGGCAAUGGGGUAGAGCAGAGACCCUCCACUGCCAUCUGGGAUGGGGCCUGAGGCUUUAUCUCCCACCACCUCAGCCCCUGUCUCCCCUCAGCCAUGCGGGGUACACCCCACUAGGGCUACACUACUGCCAAAGUCUUCCUACCGAGGGUCUGGCCCCUCCCUAAACAGGUCUGAGAAGCCCCCUUCUCUCCUCUGUCAUGGCCUGUGCUGCAACAUCUCCCUCCAGCAGGCAAAAAGCAUUUGUCAGAUCUCCUUUUAUACAACGUUGAAGCCGCAUUUUGGCCAAUGUGGGUAGCUUACUUUAGAAAAUGGCUUGAAUUUGGGUCUCCCUUACCCAUGUUUAAUUUUUCCCAGAUUGCUGGUAGGAAAAGAGAACUUUAAAAGUUGAUCAAUUCUCACAGAUUCAGUCUUUUUUUUUUUUUGUAAGUUUAUUGAAAAAUGCAAUACAAGAAGCAAGACCAAACACGUAUCUAAGCACUACACCACUUCUCUUACUACAAAAGGCCAAAACAGCAGACCUAAUUAUUGCCUUUUUAAUCUAGGGAUUUUGCCAAUUUGAUUCUGCUGCCAUAGUUCCUAUUUGUCAAGAAAUGUAAACAACUACUUGAUAUGAUUCAUAAUUUUAAAAAAAUUUACAAAGCUCCUUCAUUUUUGUCACCAAAAUAAUACAUUUGAGAGAGAUCUGUAAAAACAGCCAGCCGGGGGCUGAGAUCCUGGGCAGGUUAUUUCCACGAGCAGUGGGCAUUCUGUGGUGUUGGUCAGGCCAUAGCUCUGGCUCCACUUCCCAGGGCAGACGGUUGUCCCCUCCCCCCCUCCACCGCCCUGCAGAACAUGCGAUGGGGAGGCCUGGGCCGGAGGGCAAAGAGGCCCUGAAAGGUCCCUGUGGCCAGGUUCUUCGGGCCCUCGGCUUGGAAAUUUAGGUCCUGCUUGGUGGGUGGGUGGGUGGGUGGUGGGUGGGUGGCAGAGACCUCGUGUGGCUUGGAGGAAGUCUUUACUUCUCAAGUGAAAUAAAAAUAAAACUGCAGCGAGAAUUGUUACUGUGGUGUGUCUGAGUCACUUUAGGGAAAUUGCUGCCAAGUCUCUGACCCUGGAAAUGAAACUCUCCCCUCCCCUCUUCACCAUUUCCACCUGGACAGAAUCUGUUUUUCUUCACACUCACACACACAAAUGCACACACAACUGCAGGAAGAAAUAAAAUCCAAACAACUGUCGAACCCUCAGAUCUGUUACCAGAGAGGCAGGAUAGGGAGAGAGGCUUGGAAGGACACCUUCUGCCUAGCUUGUCCAAAUCGUGGCUUCUCAGUGCUGGAAGAGCAUUCGAGAUCUUCUGGUCCAAUUUAUAGUUAAGGAAGCGGGAGGAGAAGCACUGUGAGCGGGUGACAGAGCCGAGGGGAAGCGUGGGCCCCUGUCAUAGGUCCUGUGCGGUGAAAGCUGCCGCAUCAGUGCAGGCAGUGGAGAACCCGGCAUGCCAGGCCGCUGAUGCUCACCCUGUGCCCUCUUCCUUACCCCGACCCUCUUCAUUCCACAGCUGGCAGCCUGGGAAGCUGGCAGCUCUUUCAAAAGGACAGCUGGCCACGGGCAAGGGAGCUCACGUUACACGCCUUCUGAUGUGAGCUGGAUUCCUAACCUCACCACCACUCCUGGCGACACAGCCUGGGCGUGGGUACCACCAAGAGAGCCCCAUCGUUUCAGACCCUGUGCCCACGGGCUGGAAGUCUGCUCCUGAGACAGGACAGUCCUGGCUCCGCAGGCCUGUCAUAUACCCUACCUGAGCUCUUCAUCCCUCUCGAGAGAGAGCUGCCUCUCGGCUAGUAAUAUUCUCACAUAAGUACUAAAGGAAAAUGCACACGCCUGCAAUCAGUUCAAACCAGCUGAGUUUGUCU